AUGGAAGGCGUCUCUGCCACCGUAUACACCAAAAUGAAACGCUACUGGAAGCGCCAGGGCUACCACCGCAUCGACGGCGGGGGCGCCUCCGCCUCGACCAGGAUUCGGCAGGUGGAGCUCGGAGGCGGCGGGAGGCGGCGGCGGAGGAUUUCGUGGCGGGUCAAGAUCAAGCCCAAGCUCAAGUUCAUGGACAAGCUCGCCUCGCCCAAGAGGUUCUUCAUCUGGCUCCGGGACGCCUACGUCAGGAUGAUGCUCGGGUUCGCCAACUCCGCCGGCGGCGCCGGGAUGGUCGGGGACGGCGGCGUCUCGUCGUUCGGGAGGAAGGCGGUGAAGGAGUACGAUGAGAAGAUGAUCCUCCAGAUCUACAAGUCGCUUGUCUUGGCUCAGGCGAACCGCCAGCAAUUGGCGGCGCCUGCCGCCGGAGCUCCCGACAGGUGCGGCGGCUCUUCUCCUUCCGUCGCGGCGGCUAAGCUUGCUGCUAUUGUAGAGUAG